AUGCGUUCCGCCGCUCUUGCUCUUGCCCUCGGCGCUCUCAGCGCGGUUGCCCCCGUCUCGGGCGAUUCCAGCAAUGGUGCUGGUCUUGCAGCUCGCUCCGAGGACGAGCUCCUUCACCUUCCUGCCAGAAGUCUCGACGGAGAGGAAGCCAACGCUGUUUUCGCACGAGACCAUGAGCACGAUAUCGAGGAGCGUGAUCUCGAGGAGCGCGAUGAGACCCCCAAGCUGUUCGGACGCGACUAUACAUGCCCCCACUGCGGCGAGAGAUUGACCACCGUCGGCAAGCUUCAGGAACAUGUUGCUGAACACAAGAACGGACGAAGGCCCGCCAAGAAGGGCCGUCGCGAUCUCGAGAAGCGCGACUACACUUGCCCUCACUGUGGCGAGAGGUUGAACACCGUCGGUAGGCUUCAGGAACACGUUGCUGAACACAAGAACGGACGAAGGCCUGCCAAGAAAGGUCGCCGUGAUCUCGAGAAGCGUGACUACACGUGUCCCCACUGUGGCGAGAGGUUGAACACCGUCGGCAGGCUUCAGGAACACAGUGUCGCUGAACACAAGAACGGGCGAAGGCCCGCCAAGAAGGGUCGCCGUAGUCUUGAGAGACGUGACUACACUUGCCCCCACUGCGGCGAGAGACUGAACACCGUUGGCAGGCUUCAAGAACACGUUGCUGAACACAAGAACGGGAGGAGGCCCGCCAAGAAAGGCCGCCGCGAUCUCUGGGAGAUCGAGGAGCGCGAUGACUUGGACUCUCCCCAGCUGUUUGGACGUGACUACACGUGCCCCCACUGUGGCGAGAGACUGACCACUGUCGGAAAGCUUCAAGAGCAUGUUGCCGAACAUAAGAACGGAAGGAGACCCGCCAAGAAAGGCCGCCGCGAUGUCGAGGAGAUCGAGGAGCGCGAUGAGUCUGACUCCCCCCAACUGUUCGGACGUGACUACACAUGCCCCCACUGCGGCGAGAGAUUGAACACCGUCGGCAGGCUCCAAGAACACGUUGCCGAACACAAGAACGGCCGAAGGCCCGCUAAGAAGGGCCGCAAAUAA